CGAAUGUCCUGUGGCCUCCCAGUGGCAUCGGCAAUCAUACCGAGCAAAGGCAUUCGAAGGAAUGUGGAAAAGUGCAAAUUAUUCGUAAACAGCCUCCUCCAGAAGUUCUGGUGCGAUUCGUAGUGCGUGCGGUUGGAUAGCAGUUAAAGUUGUGUUGUUCUGACGUGCGUCUUGGGGGGUAUUGUGUGGUGUUUAUUUGUGCGUUUAUCCCCAACAGCGUGUGUGCGUGUGUGUCCGCGAGCGAGAGUGUACAGUGCGGGAUAAAGCAACAGCGAACGCGCGAGUGGGGUGAAUCCGGUUUGUUGUGGAGCUUUUCUGUCUAGUCGAUAUUCCCACUGCAUCUUCUGCUUCCUGUAUCGUGUUGCAUGUUUCGCUGAUGUGAUUGAACCAAGGCGAUCCGUUGUUUACAUGCAGAUAAGAGGGUAACUUUUACAUACCCUUUCAUCAAAGUAACCACAGUGCAAUAGAGGAAGCGAAGUGUACGGGGACGACAGACAUCUUAGCAAACGGUGCGAUUGGUUAAGAAUUUAAAGGUCAGUUUUUCGGUGCCGAAGACAGAGCAAUCACAAGUGCACAAUGGCUGAGGAGGCAAGCAGUGGAGCAGCAGCAGCUGCAGCAGCUAGUGUGGCCGGACCAGCAGCCGGUAGCACAUCAGCAUCGGCCGCAAACAACAACGGUGUGGUCAAUACGAAUCCAAACGCAGAAGUUAUCCGCGGUCAGCUUUUUGAGGUUGGACCGCGAUAUGUCAGUUUGGCCUACAUCGGCGAAGGAGCCUAUGGAAUGGUUGUUUCUGCAGUGGACACCGUCACCAAGACCAAAGUUGCCAUCAAAAAAAUAUCUCCCUUCGAGCAUCAGACCUACUGUCAACGAACAUUGCGGGAAAUCAAAAUUCUUACCAGAUUCAAACAUGAAAAUAUCAUAGACAUAAGAGAUAUCCUCCGGGUGCCUAGUAUAGACCAGAUGAAAGAUGUAUAUAUUGUUCAGUGCUUAAUGGAGACUGAUCUAUACAAACUACUAAAAACACAGCGGCUAAGUAAUGAUCAUAUCUGCUAUUUCCUGUAUCAAAUACUUCGUGGUCUGAAGUACAUCCACUCGGCAAAUGUGUUGCACAGGGAUCUGAAGCCCAGCAAUCUGCUGCUGAAUACGACUUGUGAUUUAAAGAUUUGUGAUUUCGGUCUUGCGCGCGUAGCCGAUCCCGAGCACGAUCACACGGGCUUCUUGACGGAAUACGUAGCCACCAGAUGGUACCGGGCGCCAGAAAUCAUGCUCAAUUCCAAGGGCUACACAAAAUCGAUUGACAUCUGGUCGGUCGGGUGCAUACUGGCGGAGAUGCUGAGCAAUCGGCCCAUCUUCCCCGGCAAACACUAUCUGGAUCAGCUGAACCACAUUCUUGGUGUACUCGGUUCGCCAUCCCAGGAGGACCUGGAAUGCAUCAUCAACGAGAAGGCGCGCAGCUACCUGCAAUCGCUGCCGUACAAACCGAAGGUUCCGUGGUCCCGCCUAUUCCCGAACGCAGACCUGAAUGCACUCGAUCUGCUUGGCAAGAUGCUAACGUUCAAUCCACACAACCGCAUCUCGGUGGAGGAUGCCCUAGCCCAUCCUUACCUGGAGCAGUACUACGAUCCGUUGGACGAGCCCGUUGCCGAAGAACCGUUCCGUAUCGCGAUGGAACUGGAUGAUCUUCCGAAGGAAACGCUCAAACGAUUAAUCUUCGACGAAACGCUACGCUUCAACCACAACGACAACAACCUUCCGGACGGUAUGUAAGCGCGCGCGGGCGCGAAUACACACGUCGCUAAAACCCCACAUCUGCACAGUGGUGGGGCCGAGCCAGCACCAAACCCAGCGGAUUGGCCAACGGCCCGGGGGACACAUUGGUCGUCAUCCAUCCAUCAGCUUGCGUCAGUGGCGGAUAGCCUUACCGGCGGAAAUGUAAAGCACCGCCAGAUCGUAUACGUACCCGGAACGUUUGGUUUUGUUUUUGGUGGUAUCUCGAGAAGAAAAAAGCAACCCCACAAAAGAAAAAAGCCGCUCACACCCUUCGCCAAGCUUCGGUUGAAUUAAGAGAUGCAGAAAAAGAAACAGAGGGUAACAGAAGUACAUAAAACAUGCGGUAGAGCCAAGAUGGAAGCUUCGUUUGUACGAAGCCGUGUGUGUUACAUUAGAUCCGGGGAUCAGUUGUAUUGGGUUUAGCCAGGCUACGAAGACGAUCUCUGAUACACUUGCAGGAAGCCGAUGGCAUUUUACCAGUUUUUGUUUCGCACUUGUAUUCUCUCUACCAACCACUCUGAACCAGGACAGUGGUAACGGAUUCUUAUACGGCGGAGUAAGGGAGAGCGAGAGUGAAGAAAAAAGCAUCGUGUUGUAAUGCUUGUGAUAACAAGAGAUAAUGCUGUGAGUUUUAGUUCGUUGUUCGUUUUGCCCGUGGUACAACCGGAGGGUUUUCGCUCUUUUUGUUUGUUUUAUUCGAACAUUUGAGUUUUCUUUCCUUCAAAUUACAUCCCGAUAAGCUAAUGAUCAUCCUGUAUGCAUCUUCGCACCCACAAACACUUCGCACACACCGGCACGCCAGCCAGAAGCGUUUUACUUUGAGCUAGAUUUUUAGCACAAACGGUUCCAUUUCAUUCAAGGAGACCAAAGAACAGGAAAAAACAUAUAUAUAUAUUAGGCAAAACUAUCUGCAUACCAUCGUUGUACCACCACGGCAGUGUGCGCGUGUAAUUUGUCUGUGAAUUGUCUGUAUUGGUGUAUGUGUACGUGUGUCGGUGUGAUAUACUUCUUUCGUUUCUUAGACUAGCAAAAUAUACUUCACCAUUUUUGUUUUGUUUUGUUAAGCUAUGAAAUACCCCCCUUUUCGUUCGCGUAAGCUAUUUAGUGAAUCAUUUUUAGGUAAAUCAUUUUAGUAGUGCCCAAAGUGUAAAGAAAAGUAUCGCCCACUGUACAGAUGUAUUUUUUAAGCGAUUAAAUAAGGGGAGUGCAUAUCAGUUAAAGAAAGAGCGAGAAAUAGAAACAAGGAAGCGGGGAAAACAAAUAAUAUUUCGAUUUGCAAAUAAGAAGCGUCAUCAAACACAACUUUGCGAAGAAUAACUGCAACAAUCACUUCUACACAAAUAUGCUCAUUUAGGUAUGUUAAGUUAGUGAAACACCCGCCCUUGUUAAGGUAACCGUCAUAUUACGCUAGUGCAAUUUUUUCGCUACCCCGCGCACACAACUGCAACCGUAUGUUUUAAAUGUAAACGAAAGCCAAACGAAAGAUUCGUAAUUAUUAUUAUUCUCUCAGCCGUGAGAUGUUUUGCGUAAUCUGCCUGAUUCAAGUGAAAUAUGCUACAGUGAAAUGCUGAAGCGAAAGCGUACAAACACGAAUAUCCCAAAACGAGUUGCUCUUUUGCUAGAGAGACAGUCAAUCGAAUGCCAUGAACGCACUGUAUGUUUUUAAGCGUAAAAAUCAAACGAUCUUUUUUUGAGCAAAGCAAAUUCUCUAACGAACGAAGCAGUUUAAUACCUGAAUCAGAAUAAGUCAACCGAUCUCGCUAGGGAAGCGUUUUCGCUUUUAACGAACGUCCGCAGCAAGAACAUUCAGGUUCAGGUGCCUCAGAUUUCGUACCAUACUUCUACCUAAAUCCGUAUCGAACUUUUAUAACAGUGCGUCUGCUUAAUGGGAGAAUCGAAUGCGACGUAACUUUCCACCACUUGGUGCUACGAUAUCUGAUUUAUACCCGUACAAAAUCGUCUGUAUGAUGAAACUCACAAUGCCCUAAAAGCGCGCAUUAGCCGCCUAACGUCAUCACAAUUAGUACAAUACGAGUAAUAAUUAUUUAAGUUAAAUAUUUUGCGCGGCAACCAAAAACCAUUUUUUUGCAAACAAGAAUUUCGUACAUGGGUAUCCGCUUUCAAUGAUAGGAUGAUGAAGUGAAGGAAGAGCUGGAUAGGUAUUAAAUUGUUCGAUUCACCUUCUCUCAUCAUUUCCCAUUCAUGUGCUGCAUCAGUUAUUGAUGAAUGUACUGUGUACUGUGUUUGCAAUAUUGCGGUUCACUGCUCAAUUAUUUUAAAUUAUUUAACACACAAACAUACGCACACCAACAGAUCAGCCAUCAAGCUACUACAGAGUUAACAUGUUCCGGUGGCAUUUCAUUUCAUUCGCAAAAAAACACCAUACCACUUUAACCACAUGGCAAAUUAACCCACUACUGAGUGCUAUUUAAUGCGGAAUAAUUAAUCACAAUUGAAUUAACCCAUGGUACAACCAAGCGAGAUAUAGAGCAAACUAAACCACAGUGUAAAAAGUCGGCUUAAAGUGCAAGAACUAACGAAGCGAUUGUAAAGCUAACCUCACUUAAAGUCUGAGCAGGGAAACAAUGAUCAAUGGAAUGAAUGAAAGUCUAGUAUGAAACGUAUGAAAUGGCUUGUUCGAGGAGGUUUUCAGUGGUUCUGACCACUGAUGUGAUUAAUGGUUCACAUAACAUUUUUACUACUUCGUGCUUUGAACAUCAUAACAGCUCUUAAGGUACUUCAGUACAUGCAGCAUGAGAUUCAACAGUGUCAUUCGGUGGUGUUUGACAUUCGAUCGUCUGAGAUGAAACGAUACAAGCGUUUGAGUGGUUCAGAAGCCUCUGCUAGCGGUUAGCGAUAUCAGGGCAUUGAGGUUGGUCAAUCCCUGUGCAGACUAUUCGUCGAUUCUAUGAUGAUUCAAGAAUAGAUGAUAAUAGCUUUGUCAGAAUCUUCCACGUAGUUAAUUCAGUGCUCGUUUAUAAAAGUGACACCCAGACUAUUGAAGAUCGCCGUAUGACUGCUGAAGAUCAUUCAGUGUACGAUGAAGUACUAUGAGAACCUUUUAAGAUCGAACCUUUGUUACGAUAUGUUAACGAUUCAAAUUCCCAAAUAGAAAACACUAUUUGCCACAUAUUAUAACGAUACGUCACAGAAUUGUGACAAAUGUGAGAACACGCACUAUGUAUUAAAUUUACGACAAGAUCCAGCUUUUUCCGCUUUUUUCAUUCUCGAACUCACACCGUUACGGAUUCCAUUCCAUUCAUGCUGUGGACAUUCGCUGUAUCGUAGCUUAAUUCCUUUUCAAGAUUGGGAAGGUUGGGGAGCGGGAUAGGCAGGCAAAGCGCCGCGCACUGGCCGAUAAUGGAACAGAGUUAAGAAGACUUUUAGAUAGGACGAAAUAAUGUAGCCGCUUUCGCAGAUAUGUGACAAGCUUCUAACUAGCCGUAGCAGGGAACAAACAAACGUUGUGCUUGAUGAAAACUUUGAAGCGUUUGGGUCGUUGGGAACUAGGGCAUGUUGUACUUAAUUUCUGUGGUUAACAACCAGCUACUAACAGAGACGACGAGUGUAUAAGAGAGUGAGCGAAGCAACUCAGCACAGGAAGAUACAAUAUAAAAUGGAUGCAUUGUUUCUUUCCUCUUACUUUAUUGUUUUGCCACUAGUCAGCGUGCGCAAAAUGGCUGCCAUGAGCUUUGUAUAACAGAUGGGCAUAACGAUCGUUAUCGAUCAGAUGUUCCCGCUCUGUGUGCAUCAAUGUAAAAAGUGUAAAAUGUUUUCUCUUCCUGUUUCAAAUGUUUUACUCGCAAGGAAGUUCACAACUGUUUCCUUGCCGUUUUGUAUGUAUGUUAAUGAAUAUGGAACCAUCCUCUCCACACAACAUACCGGAUUUGUAAAGCACAGCACACACAAACACACACAUUACCACAGAUCGUCGUGGCAGUGGCCGGUGUGCAAUUGUUUUUAUCAGAAUCGUUCGUUUCACUCGCUCUUUAUCUUCGAUAUAGUUGUAAUUAUGCUCUCGAUACGGAAAUCUAAUUGUUACAUCAAUGUUCUUCCGUGUACAAUGUGUGUGUGAGUGUAUCGUAUGUAUGUGUUUUUUCGCAAGGAUAUCCGCAUCUGGUCCGUUUACUUGUCAACGAGGCAUUGGGGUGGUUUGCGCAUCAAAAAGGGGUAGAAAAAGAAACAUAAUAAAAAAAAAGAUAAACUUUUUCACAGGUGUAGUACAAGUUUGAAGGUGCAAGACAGAGACAGAGAGAGAGAGAGAGAGAGAGAGAGAGAGAGAGAGAGAGAGAAAGAGAGAUAUUACAUUUAAAACUAAUAUUAAAUUAGUAACAUUAAGAUUCUUUAGUGUAGAAUAGGAUUCAACUAACACACAGAACCCCAUAAACAGAACAGAAGCGUGUUGUGUUAAUCUCUUCAGCGGUCACAGAUGAGGCACCACCUCGAUGGGGACCUACUUCAUCCCAAAAACACACCGACAAAUAGAAAUGCAAAAUGGCAACAUUUACCAGAAAUGAAUAGCGAUGAUAAUGUGAUUAUGACGAUGUUGUACACGUGAAGCAAGCUUAAAUGUAUUAAAAAACACACAUACACAAGUCGAUAGAACCGUAAAGCGCCGAAAAACCUUAAACAAAAUCGAAUUAACGGUCAUGCUCGAUCAAUCGGAAAAGUAAUACAAAACCCCCCGAUUUGUUGUAUGUGAAAUUAAAGAGAAAGAGAAAAAGAGAGAGAGAGAGAGAGAGAGAGAGAGAGAGAGAGAGAGAGAGAGAGAGAGAGAGAGAGAGAGAGAGAGAGAG